CGCAGCCGGCAUUAGCCCUCGCUUCCCUCGUAUCCAACUGAGCAGCAGCAGCAGCAGCAGCAGCAGCAGCAGCAGCGAGGGCCGCGACCUCUCUUUGUCAUCAUCAUCCUCAUUGCCGCCGCCGCCAUCCACCAUCGCGAUACCACACCAUGCUAUCCAACCCUUUCCGGCGAAAAGCUCGCCAGCCCUCGAAGCCGGGAGGCAUUCGCAUCGGUCUCGCCCAGCGCAAUCAGCAGAUGAAGGAGCAGCAGCAACAACAGCAAAGACACGAGAAUGACAAUGCUGCAUCAACGUCGUCGUCGUCGUCAGGAGCACUCCUCUCCCUACCACCAGAGAGCGACUACCGCACAUCACUAAUCAUGCCCCACCUCACUCGUCGCUUCACACUUCUACGAGCCCCAGACGGUACCAUGGUUACUCCUGACGCAAUGCGAGCGCAGCUUCGAGCUCAGAGAGCCAGAGCACGCGCUACUGGCCAGCCAGGGGGAAACUUCCUCACCGAGCAAGAAGAGGACGAGAUCAUCGACCAGAUGAGACAGCAGACGCUCUUUGCGCAGGCGAAUGGCCAGGAUGGCGAUACCAAUCGCGAUCGAUUCACCGUCGGAUCCGGUAGCGACGGCUUCGGCGCAUCGUAUGCAUCCUCGACUGGUGAGAGGUCUUCGGCAGCCGACCGCAUAGGCUCCUUGACAGAGAGUCUCGGCGAGCUCAAGAACGUCUCGAGCUUUCCGUCGAGCGGCAGCGGCAGUCUCUUCUCUGGUAGGAGCUCAGAGAGGGACAAUGCCUACUUGCGCAGCCUCGACAAGAGCAAGGUAGCUAGCAUGGCGAGUCCCAUCGAGGAGGAAGAGGAGGAGGAGGAGCAGCAGGAGGAGCAGCAGGAGGAGGACGAGGGAACGCAAGAAGAAGAAGUAGAGCUGCAGUACCCCGAAGAGGAGAGAGCGGUUCAGGACGAUGUUGCUGUGCCAGGCGGCUUUGGCGAUGCGCAGUCACAGGUCGCUGCGCAGCGAAGCGGCGCACACCUCGCUCCUCCCACCCUCCAACAACCACAGCGUCAAUCGCAGCUCUUGUCCGCUCUCUCUCCGGAAGCCUUUCGCCGAGUCAGCACCGCCCUCGAGGAGGUCAUCGGCAUCGUGUCACCUGGCAGCUUGCCUCGCUUUGGCGGCGCACCGGGAGACGACGGCGAUUACGAGAUCGACGCCAUCUCCGCAGAGGAGUCGGACGAGGAGGACGGAGAAGACGGCGGCGAGGAUGAGAUGGAAGACGAGGAGCAAAGUCGCGGCCACUCGUUGGCGGGGGAGAAUCUCUUCGCAGAAGGUAUGGCGACUCGCUCGAAUCGUGGGGAUGAAGCGGACGACGAGGUCAGCGACGAGAGUCACCUCCUACGAGGCUUGACUUCACGCGGCAAGGAGGCAUCAGACUCGGACGGCGAGUCGUUCAGAUCCGCCAAGGAAGAAACGGCUACCAGCGUCGCCAUUCACGAAGACGUCCAACGCACCCCUCAGCUGGAGCAGACCCCUAGGCCAGAAGUCAUGACGACGCCUAGGGUGCAAGGCGCUGCAAACUCAGCUCCACGAAGACCCGUACAGCCCUCGUCUGCCGGCAACGCGAGCCUCGCUGCGAGUACCCCACCUUCCUCUAGCAGCGGCACGAGCGCCUCAGUUAUCUCCGCUGGGAACAUCGCGGCGAGAAGUCAGCGCUACUUCCCUUCAGCUGGCGGAGGCAUCAAGACGACGCUGCCCCUCGAAUACGCAAGCGGCUUCAGAAACAGCCCAUCGACGCCCGCCGGGUCAACUUCAGAUCGCGCUCCCUUGGUCAAUGACGGCAGCCUCGCUGCUGCGUCGAGCGCCUUGGCUGCGACCACGAACACUCCCUCGCAAGGCUUCAGCAGCAUCGUCCGGCGCCAGCCUCCGCCAGCCAACGUCGACACGCAGCGGGCAAUCAAUGCAUCGCAGGAGGAUGUCCUGAGUCCAACCACGGGCGGUCUCUUUCCUCAGCCGCCGACCCACGACCCUAUCCUCGCACAACGCUGGCGGCAGACGUACGGCCAGCCGAGCCUGGCUUCGCCCAGCGACGUUGGAAGCAUUGGCGGUGGGAGCGAGUCGAACAUCUCCGACUUUGAGAGGCAAUUCGAACAGGAGCCUGAAGUCGACGAUGUGUGGGCCAAGGUGGCCCGCAACAUGGGCACAGAAGAAGGGGACGCGGCUGCGAGCGGAUCUCGUGGACUCGGUGCCGGACAGACUUCAUCCCUCGUACCGACAAUGGACGAGUACCGCCCGGUCAGCCAUAUGCCGCCCGCAGAGGCCGCUAGCCAGUUCAACGGCGAUACGGUCAAUCAGCUUGCAGAGAUCCAGGCCAACCUUGUCCGCUCCGUCAGCCAGCGUCAUGGCAUGGGACCUAUUGGACCUAUCGCCCCGCCCAUCCCACUCCCUGCCUCGCACCCAAACGCGAUACCGCCGCCGAUGUCGCCAGAGCGGCCAGCGCAGACGGCAACGGUGCAGCCUCUGUCACCAGAACGGCCAGCGCAGAGUGCAUUAGUGCAGCCUCUCUCACCAGUCUCGCCUGUCAAGCUUGAAAAGGCGCGAGAGAGGGCGAGACAGAUUGCAGCUGAGCGAGUGAGGGGAGGCUCGAUUAGCGGAUCGACGCCAAGCUCACCGUCUCGAGGCCCAACAGCUCAAGUCACGUCCAGCGAGGAUUCUGCUUGGCCUGCCAGUCAAUCUGCGCGAAUGUCCCACUCCAACUCGCAGCGCUCCUUCAAAGGUCGCGAAGUCAUGUAUGACGUCACGUCUAGUCAUCGCCCUACGUCUCCACCACCUGGCCGCACAUCAGGCGGCCUGCCCACGAUUCAGGACCUCAACAUCCUCAACGGCAUCCAGCCAGACAGCGUCUCCUACUCUAUGUCGCUUGAGCAGGCACUCGACAAGGCGGCCAACUUUGAAAGCUUCUCCGAUGGGCAUAGCCGUGCCGCCGGAGGCAGCACAUCGCACGACUACGGUGGGCUGUUCGCUCCCGCAAUCGAAGAGGACGAUGCCGAGGGUGGCUACGACGACGAGUCGUACCCAUCGAUGCAGCAGGGCCAUCCGUACGCCAGCGCGGGUGGGAACGCCAACGCCAGCGCAGCCGCCAACAUGAGCAGCCCUCAUUCCGCCCAGUCGGUAUGGUCAGACUCCCGCUCCCCACGCCAGGGGCAAGGCUUCACCCCCAAUCUCGUGGAUGACGUCGCCGCGCAAGCCCAAGCUGCUACGGCCGCGCUGAAAGGCCCUCACUCAGGAGAUGGCGGCCCUCAUCUCCUGCCGCGUAGGUCGCGCAUCCUCUCGAAGCGCAAGGCUAAGCGCAACCCAGGCAAGUUCAUUGGCGCGCCCGAACUGCUCACGACGAGCCAGUACAUGGGUCACGCACAACCGAUCCCUGAGCCGACGGUCAACAAGAAGUCACCGCGCAGUCAGACGGCCGACGCUGCGACUCAACGACGCCCGCCAUUCAGGCAAGCAAGCGACUACCGCAACGAUCCAAAGACGAUGCCUGCGACCUUGCUGCACAUGCGUCGCUCUAGCUCUUUCGGUCAUCGAGGUCGAUUGGACACGCCUAGCUCCAGAGCCGAAGAGUGGUCCAGCCCGACAUCUGCCGCGCCCGCAAGUACCGCGGCUGCUUGGACGCCUCCAGCGUCUCGCACCCUACGUGAGCCUCCAGCAAGCGCGCCAGCAAGCGCGCCAGCACCCGCAGGCAACCUCGUCGCUCCUGGUACCCCAGCUUCGAUCAAGAGCUCCGGCGGAGGGAGUGCUGCAGGGACUCUGCCCGCUUCCAGCAGUAACGGCAGCCUCAGUCGCCUCAUGUCGAGGAUGCGCGUACGCAAGCCUACCGAGGAAGGGUCGCCCUCUGUGACUCAGCAGUCGCCCAGCCUCUCUGCUGCUGAUCAUAGCGCAACGGGCUCGGCGAUGCUGCCUGACAGGGGCACACCCAUGCGUGGCCCUUCGCCUUUCGGCAUUGGCGAGAGUGCCGGCCCUGCAGGGCGAGGAGCUGGAGGUGCGGGCGGCCUGUCUACAGACUCGACGUUGCCGGAGAGCGGUGCCGCUGGUCGCCUGACGGGGAUGAUGCCCAGCCCCAUCGUUGACCGCAGUGAGACGUCUGCGCUGGGACACUGGUCUGGGCCAUCUGCUCCCCUGGCCAACGAGGAUAGCUGGCGCACCUCGAGUACUGCAGAUCACUCGCUCGCAGCGAACGAGAGCGGUGGCUCUAAGGGUCUGCUGGGCUCCCCUGCAGCUAUCCAGGAGGACAAUUUUGGCGGCUUUGCUCCCGCGUGGAAGCAGCCCCAACAACAGCAAGCCCAGCUUCAAGCUUCCUCGGCACCGCAGAACCGCGUGUCCACGGCCACAUCCGGCAGCCUCCCGACGAGCGACCCGCCAGCCAACGGAUCUAUCGCCCCAGCCGUCGCCUCCUCCUCUGCACGCAACACCAUCAUUCGUCGCACUCUCAUCUUCCCCAACGAAGCCGCCGCCAACGAAGAGCAACGCCGCCGCCUCAGCGUCGCCUCCUCUGUCGCCCCGUCGGUCGCCUCAAGACGCAAGUCUCGCCCCAACAAGGCAGGCGAGUUUGAUGACGACGAGGCAAAUGCAAGCUACGCUGCUCUGAUCGCCGGUGGAAGUGGCGCGGGCAAUGAGGCUUCGCGACCCUCGUCGCAGAUUCGUCGAUCAGAGGAUAAUGCCGGCGGAGCGAAUAGAGCAACCAUGCGAAUGUCCCGCGCCAGCAAGUUCGGUGCCGCCAGCCUACGACCGCCCAGCUUCGCCAACAGCACGCGACGCGUCUCCACCGCCACUGGUGGCGCUGACGGCGGCUCGUAUGCCGGCUCCCUCUACGACAUGUACAUCGGUCCUUCGGGCGCUGCCGGCGAUGAAGACCGCGAUGGCGCUUCGCUCUACGACGGUUCUCGCCCCGGCUCGUCGGCCUUCAAUCAUGCGCAGGUGCCCACGGGCAGUCAUAUUGAGGUCACGGAGAGGGCGGACGGGUCGGUCGUUUGGCAAAUCAUUGCUGGGUUGGGCAAGGGCGAGGGCGAGAGACGAAGCGGAGAAGAGGGCGCUACGGCUGCUGCUCCUCCUGGCGGGCACACGAGGGGAAACAGCGAUGCAUCGCAAUUCUCUUUCCUCAACCGACCGCCCAGGGACUCGUACGCCGAUGCAAGCAACGGCAGCCUCCUACCGCAGGCUACGGGACAUUCGACGUAUCAGCAGCAGGGCCGACCGAGCGUUGAGGAAGGUGGCCGAACCUUCACUGGCCUCCUACGAGACGGAGAGGACGACUCACGCAGUCUCUUCCAAAGACAGAGGACCGAGAGCAACGUAGCCGCGGCGAUGAGACAGCGUAAGCAGGGGUACAAGGGUGGCGAGGAAGGCAUGCCCGACUUGCCACUCGCACCUUGGCAAGCAGCUCAACAGCAAGGAGACGAAGCUCAACCUCGCCUCUCCUCUGAAGACGCGCGACUGGCUGCAGCUCAGAGCGCCUUCAAUCUCCGUCUUGCCGAUCAGGCACUAGACACGCGAGUGGUCUACACCAAUGAUGUCGAGCUAGAGCAACUCCUCGAGUCCCUGGCCCGACAGCACGAGGAUGGCGGCAAGUUCCUCUUUGACCCUAAGCAGUACUAUGCUGUCAAGCGGAGGUUGCUCGAGGAGGGUGGUGGAACAGUCGGUGGAGAGGGAGCGGAGCAACCAGGAGCACAGCUUCGUACUUCUGACGUAGGGGCAGGGAUGCGACCCAUCUCUCGCGCGUAUCGCGAGGAGGAGGACGACCCUACUGGCCAGCAGGGCAGAGACUCUUUCCUCUCCCCCAGCAGCCCGGACGGCAGCGGACUCAACAGCAAGUCCACUUCUGCCACCACCUCACUCCUGCGCCAGAGCGACGCGGGGCGUCGUCGUGUUGAGGACGAGAUUAUGAAUCUUCUCGGCCAGUCUGGACACGCAGAGAGGGGUAGCGCGGUCCCUUCCACCAAUACGUCAGCAUCGGCAAGGUCUACGGUGCCCUCGCCCAGCCUGGCGGGGGGCCAGGCGACUACGAGGGGCUCAGCGGAUGGAGUGUGGGCAGGUGUGCAGAGCUGAUAACGGCAGCAGCGUAACGGGCGGCACGACUCUGUACGACGAAGGCAAUGGAAGGGCAAAGGACUGCCAGCGGCCGACCCGUGACCUUCCUCGCUCUG